AUGGUGGGAAUGAAUUCCAUGGAAACAUUCCGCAGAGAAAUGGAGAAAGAAGAAAUACGAUGGGAGGUGGAGAAGGAGGAUAUCAGAAGAGAAAUAAUGAUCAGUGAGAUGAGAUUGGCACGACGAAAAGAGUUGGAGGAGGAAGUGAGGAAGGAGAUGGCUGAAGGAGUUGUGGGAAUCUCCAUACAAAGACCACCCAGAAUCACUUUUCCAGAACCAAUUUCAAUGCCUUUUAAUCCAACACUGAGUCAGGUUUCCCAUGAUAAUCUCAUAACACAUCAUUUGAAGACCAACGACAAUGAUAAAGUUACAAUAUUGGCUAAGUCAGAUGGUGGUAGUUUGGGUCCAAAGCGCAAAGCAUUGACACUUCCUAUAAUCGAUGGCAAUGAAGAUGGGCCAAAGAAAGAGUAG